AUGUCUAACGUGCUACUAGACCAUGCUGAAGUACAUGUCAAGCCUUUCAUGAAAAAUAAUGGCGACGAAAGACUAACUCAAAGUGUGGAAGCGAAGUCGCAGGGUAAAGUAUGCUGCAGUUGUUUGACCAAGACAGACCACCCAGAAAGGCACAUGAGAUUACAUACUGAUGAGCAACCAUACCAGUGUAAAGAUUGUCGCAAGUGGUUUGCUGGGAAAGGCAACCCGGAAAAACACACUAGAGUGCAUGCCAGGGAGCAGCCAUACCAGUGCGAAGAAUGUGGCAAGAGUUUUGCUUGGAAAGGCAUGCUGAAAACACACAUGAGAGUACAUACUGGUGAGCAACCAUAUCAGUGUAAAGCAUGUGGCAAGCGUUUUUCCCAGAAAAGCAACCUGAAAAGACAUAUGAGCAUACAUACUGGUGAGCACUCAUACCAGUGCGAAGAAUGUGGCAAGCGUGUUGCUGGGAAAGACAAGCUGAAAGAACACACAAAAGUGCAUACUGGUGAGCAGCCAUACCAGUGUAAAGAAUGUGGCAAUUGUUUUACCUGGAAAAACAACCUGAAAGCACACAUGAGAGUGCACACUGGUGAGCAGCCAUACCAGUGUAAAGAAUGUGACAAGUGUUUUAACCGGACAAGCAACCUGAAAACACAUAUGAGAUUGCACACUGGUGAGCAGCCAUACCAGUGUAAGGAAUGUGAUAAGUGUUUUAAACGGACAAGCAACCUGAAAACACAUAUGAAAGUGCACACAGGUGAGCAUCCAUACCAGUGUAAGGAAUGUAACAAGUGUUUUACCCAGAUGAGCAGUCUGAAAGCACACAUGAUAGUGCAUACUGGUAAGCAGCCAUACCAGUGUAAAACAUGUAACAAGUGUUUCACCUGGAAAAGCAGCCUGAAAAAACACAGGAGAGUGCAUACUGGUGAGCAGCCAUACCAGUGUAAGGAAUGUGACAAGUGUUUUACCUGGAAAAGCAACCUAAAAACACACAUGAGACUGCAUACUGGUGAGCAGUCAUACCAGUGUAGGGAAUGUGACAAGUGUUUUACCUGGAAAAGCAACCUAAAAACACACAUGAGAGUGCAUACUGGUGAGCAGCCAUACCAGUGUAAGGAAUGUGACAAGUGUUUUACCUGGAAAAGCAGCCUUAAAACACAUAAGAGAAUGCACAACGGUGAGCAGCCAUACCAGUGUAAGGAAUGUGACAAGUGUUUUACCUCGAGAAGCAAUCUAAAAAGACAUAUGAUUGUGCAUAGUGGUAAGCAGCCCAUACCUGUGUGA